GCGCAGCGGUCGCGGCUUCAGGAGGCGCAGAAGAUCAAUUUGGGCCUCUUCGCGCUGAAGCGGGUCGUCCGCGCGCUCCGCCGGGGCUCCAAGUUCGUGCCCUGGAUGGACUCGAAGCUCACGAUGCUCCUGCGGCCGGGUUUGGGCGGCGGCGCGCGGACCGCGUGUCUGGUGUGCGCGGCGCCC